CAUUGAAUUCCCCUUGCAAAUCUCUCUGAACAUUCCAACAGCAGUUUGGCAGCCAUUUUGUUUCGAUACCCAGCUUGCUUGAGACCUGGUAUAUAGCUUCAACUCCAGAGAAACAAAAUGGCGGACGAGGAACAACAACCAGCAGAAGGAGAGGAGCACGCUCCUGCUGACGAAAAUGAAGCAAAGAAAGCCAUGGAGGAAGCAAAGAGGAAGAAGUUGGAGAAGCAACAGCAGGAACUGGCGGAGUACGAGGAGAUGAGACGCGAGGAACGAGAGAAAGAAGCAGAGGAAAUCGCCAGACUCAGGGAACGACGGCUCCAACGAAAGAAGGAACGGGAAGAAGAAGAGAAGAAGUUGGCUGAAUUGCGAGCACAAGAAGAUGCGAGAAUGAAGGCGGAAGCUGAGGUGAGGAAGCGUAAGAAGGCCGAGGAGGAAGCGAGGCUUAAGGCUGAGAAGGAGCGCAAGAAGCUGGAGGCGGAAGAACGCCUGUCCAUGGCCAAGAAGCCCAACUUCGUCAUUACGAAACGUAGCGACUCGGACAAAGCCCCAGGAAGUGAAUGCAGAUUGGAUCCCCUGAGCGCCGAGGACAUGCAGAAGUCGAAGGAGCAGCUGGAAGAGGAGAAGCGCGCCAUCUUGUCCCAGAGGAUCCAGCCUAUCGGCAUCGAGGGGUUGGCCAGCGACAAACUGCUCCUCCGGGCCAAGGAGCUGAACGAGACCAUUCGACGUCUGGUGGGCGACAAGUACGACCUGGAACAGAGAUUCAAGCGACAGCAGUACGACAUGAUCGAAUUAGCAGAACGUGCAAGACAAAUGAACAAAGGGAAAGGCAAACGAGGAGUGUCCACAGUUCAAGUUGAUGAGUCGUUUGAUCGACUUGCAGAUAAAUUCACCAGUGCCCCACCCAAAAUUCAACUGUGCAGUAAGUACGAGCGACACACUGACCACCGAACGUACAACGAGAGACAGACUCUGUUCGAGGCGCUCGCAGUGGAACCGCCCCCGCCCGAAAUCCAGCAUGUAGGUGGCUGGGAACCCCCCAGUAAUGAACCCGUCGAUUACGGGACAGAUCAGCCGGCACAGGGCGAGGAACAGGCUGCAUAAUAAGUCACGUGAUCUUCAAUUCAAGUCUUGGUGUAUAUAUGGAUUUUUCCAGCGUUGCAUUUCCAUUGACUGGUGACAACUUCAGAAGGCUACAACAUCACCCUGAGAGAAAUGAAUCGUCCAAAGAAGCCGCGAACACUAAAACUCGUGUUGUGUUUAGUACUACCAAGACAGUACAUUUCUAGUGUUGGAUUUUCGUUACCCCCGUUUUAUCAUGAAGUAGACAAAACUUUCUUUUUCAUGGAAUCUUUUCUGAAGUGUCAUUGGAUAUAUAAUCGUGAACAGGACAGCAGGAUUAUGUAACAGAAAUCCUGUUGUCACUAAUAUAGUUAUUUUGGUCACAACACUGACGUUACCACAGAUUCUGUUAGCUGGUUUCUAAAAUAAUAAUAAUAAAAAACCCAAUAGGCCUACACAUACUGACUAGUUAUAGUAAGUCUUAUCGGCUGUUUCCUGAGAGAAAGAAAGUAAAGCAAUAAAGUUGUGGAAAGCUGUUUUAAAUGCUUCCUUCGACAAAUUAUCUCUUUUGCUCGGUUUGAGGUAAUUUGAAGAAUAGAAGUAUAAAACGAAUAUAACAUAAUGUCCUGCCUCACAGUCAGUGAAAAUAGCAAACAUGAUCUGUUGAUUCUGUCUGAAAAAAAGCACAUUUUAAAAAACACCAGUUUUGCGAAAUGUGAAGCUUUUAUUGUUUUUUGAGUCUGUAAACCAGUGUUCUUUCUCUUGCCUGUCUGUUAAAAAUUGUAAAUAUGUAUAAGUUAUUUUGCAGUUAGCGUUAUAUAUUACUGGCAUAUUGUGAAAACAAGAACAAAAAUAAGUUUGCAUUUAGAUUGGCAAGGAAAAAUUAAAAAGGAAACAAAAGAAUACUUUCGCAAUAGAUUACUUCAUUUUAACUCGAAAACGCGUGUACAGGAAGUGGUGUUUUGAUAAAAGGCUUUUAUGACAUACUUUGAUAGUUCUAAGGAAGUUAAAACAAUCCAAUCAGAGUCGUCAACACAUCGCUUUAUAUAUCAUGUAAAACACAGCCUCCUUAAGAUUUCGAUACUCUUUUGAAAACCAUGUCAUUUUUAAAUACGCCUGUGUUAUUCAGUAUAUAAGUAUGGUAUUGUGUUUAAAUUAACGGAAUUUUUUAAUACCGCAUUUAAGCUAAAGGAACUUUGUUUAAAAUUGUUUUAAAUGAAUGGAAUUUUGUUUAAUAUUGUGUUAAAAGUUUUGAUUUUGUCUUCUUCUUUUUUUGACUACUCAGACUGAGUUAUUGCAUAGCAUUCAAGUAUUUUUAUUCGCUUACUAUAGUUGAUUUAGUUUGUAACACAAUACAUGAUUUUGAAAAGCUGAUUAACUACACAGACGUUUCGUUGAAUGUGUUAAACCUAAACGCAUUAAUGAGUGCCUUAAGAAGCAAAACCUAUCGUCUGCACUACCCAUGACGUCAGCAGCGUUAGCGUUUUCUUCUGGAAGCGAGUUCUUGCUGUUUUGCGAUUGUGACCUCUCAUGUGCCAGUUAAACCUAUCUGCAUUGUUAUUUCGUUUGUCGCACUGUGUGAAAUCUUAACCAUAGACGCCCCAACAGCCACACUGGAUAAUAAUUCAUGUGAAUAAAACAUUUUGGUUUGUUCAGUUGGCAA